AUGGAAGGGUUAGUCAAGCCUGAAAAGAAAUCGAAGCUAAAAGUUGUUGUGAAAAGUGACGAGAUUCCAAAGUAUAUAAAAUUUUUAAAGGAGCUGUUAACAAAGAAAAGGAAGUUAGACGACUUGUCGGCUGUCGAGCUCAAUGCAGUUUGUUCGGUCAUUCUCCAAAACAAACUACCCAACAAACUUAAAGAUCCAGUGAGUUUUAGUAUUCCUUGUCUCAUUAGUAGUUUAAAUGUUGAAAACGCCUUGGUUGAUUUGGGAGCUAGUAUAAAUGUCAUGCCUUAUAAGAUGUUCAAACAACUUGGUCUUAGGGAACCCAAACCCACUAGGAUGAGUAUUCAAUUAGCUGAUAGAUCAAUUAGAUAUCCUAGGGGUAUUAUUGAGGAUGUACUUGUGAAAGUCGAUAAAUUUAUAUUCCCUAUUGAUUUUGUUGUAUUCGACAUGGAUGAAGAUAUUGAGGUACCUAUGAUAUUAGGUCGACCCUUUUUAGCCACUGCUAGAACUAUUACUGAUGUGGGUACUGGUGAACUUGUGCUUCGUGUAGGUGAUGAAAAGAUACUCUUCAAGCACGUGAUUUUGUGA